UCAGAUAUUUCAGAUAUAUUUUACGAUACAUACAAUACAAUACAAUAUACAUACAACUUCAAGAAAUCCCCUUUCCCCAAAAUUCACUCCCAACAAACGCUAAUAAAAGGUGGGUUAAAUCUUGAUGGGUGUUUUUUGAAAGUUGGUGUUGCGUAUGAGCAGAGGUGAGAAACAUGACAAUGAUCGUAACCAAGCAGUACCGAUGCAUACACUCUGCAAGCUGUAUGUGCACAAAAGGGCAUUUGAGUGAAGACGUUAUCUUUCUACUUCUUCAACAUUUGAACUGGAAUCCUAAAAUAAUCGCGACACUUUCUUGUGUCUGCAAAUGGUUUGAUGAUCUUGUGAAAAGAGUACUCUGGAAAGAGUUUUGUAGAACACGGGCCCCCAAAAUGAUGCAGGAUCUUCAAUCUAGUGGGAGUCACAGUGUUGAUGGAAACUGGAGUGCACUUGGGAAGCUUCUUAUAUAUUGUUCCGGAUGCAAAAAGGAUGCUCUGUUUAAUAAAAUUCACAUUCCUGGUCACUUUGCUUAUAGGACUCGGUUCUCCAGAACUUCUGGAAAAAGCUUUCUUCUGCCAAACUGCCGAACUGAUGUUUUAUAUGUAUCAGACCCGUGUGAGCACUUAGACCAAGGAGAAGGGGAUGUGGGUUUCUUUCGUGGGGUGUUCAAGUCAUUUGCUACAUCAAAGGUGCGGAAGAUGCUUGUUAGAAGGGGUGCUAAAUUUCAUCCUACAGAAUUUUGCCCUUAUUGUAAAGGGAAAUUGUGGAGCAUGAUGCAGGCUAAGAUGAUUCCACAAAGUGCCAGCUGUCGGUUGGGUGCGUAUGAAGACUGUAUUGAGUACUAUGUGUGUCUCAAUGGACAUGUUCUUGGUGUUUGUACACUUUUGCCGUUGUCUGAUUCAGAAGAGGUGUCGGAAUUGGAUUGACAUGAUAUCCUAACAGGUCAUUCAGGUACUUGAUUGUGGACUACCUGUUUGGUAACGAUUGUAAGAUGGUCACUGGUCAGAAACGUGCAUUCAGCUGCCUAUGCAACCUCUUGUUCCGGUCCAGGCUGCAAUCGUUUGUUGUGAUAUAUUUUUAUUAGAUGCGGUACUGUUUCUUGUACUACUUUAUUGCUGGUAGAUGGAUCAAAAAAGAUGUCACUGUUAAUUAUAUUGAUGCAAAAGGUUGAUGGCUGUGUACUCCGUUGUACGUGUUACUAUCUGUGUAUAUGGGAGCGAAUGCAGAUUCAAUGUGUAAUGUGGUAUACACUCGGUUUAGCAAACAGAUGAAUUGGCUGUCUCCAUCUUUCAACAACUUUUAUUGUCUCUUACGGGUAACUUCCCCUGAUGGGUGUAUUUUAUGUAUACACUUGGUUUCAAAAGACAGUGCAUAGGCGGUUCUACUUUUAA